AUGUGUUCUAUAGGUUGGUUGCCGUCUGCCGAUUGGUUCACGGUUCGUAGAAAGAUCAAAGAAGGGAAAGAAAAAUGGUGUAGUCAGCUAAAGCAUCAAUACUCAGUGGCAGCAAACAUGAGUUCAGGCGGAGAAUUUGUGGAGGGCUGGUUGGUGGCGCAAGUACUGGGCGAGGGUUCCUAUGGAGAGGUGCGGCUCCUGGUGCAUUCGCGUUCUGGUGCAAAUGUGGCGCUGAAAGCGGUGCAAGGUGAUGUUGGGGCCCGUGAGGCCGGUUUACAUCGUGCUCUACGCCAUCCCAACGUACUGCGAUGUCUGGGUGAACGUCGGCACAAUGGAAUGCACUACCUCUUCCUUGAGUAUGCUCAAGGGGGAGAACUCUUCGACCGCAUUGAGCCGGACGUGGGUAUGGGCGAAACUGCAGCGAGGCAGUACUGGAGGCAGCUGAUUGCGGGUCUUCAGUAUCUGCACACGCGCGGUGUAGCCCAUCGAGACAUCAAGCCCGAAAACCUGCUGCUAGAUAAUGCGCAAACUCUGAAGAUUUCUGACUUUGGCAUGGCGACACUGUUCAGGGUUGGGACUCGAGAGCGGCUCAUGACGCGGGUAUGCGGCACCGAACCGUAUGCGGCGCCUGAAGUAUUGUCUGCAGCAAAGAAAGGCUAUCGUGCUCAACCAGCUGACCUGUGGGCUGCUGCACUUGUGCUACUUGCUAUGCUUGCUGGAGAGUUGCCUUGGGAGCGCGCAAGUCGAGAAGAAACACGGUUUGUGGCAUGGUGCACUUGGAUCGAGCAAAAUGGUACAUGUCCAUCUGGCCCUUGGCGCAAGCUGACUCCUGGUGCACUAAACCUCUUAAGAAAAACCCUCAACUCUGAUCCUGAUCGUCGACCCACACUUGAUAUGCUGCAACGCCACCACUGGCUAAAUGAACAACAAGACGAUAUAGAUUCCAAGGACAGGGAGAGCGAACGCGCAUGGAGCUCGCAACCCUGUGCAGCUGGAGAGCAACUUAGCGACACAGACAUGGACGAAUUGCUCAGCUAUUCUCAACCAGCACACACCGAUGAUCUGCUAUUAGAAGCAGCCGAUGGCACACAGAGCACCCAGGGUUCAGGUCCUGGUGCUCUCUUGCAGAGGCUCGUUCGUCGUAUGACCCGAGUCUUCGUUAGAUGCAACGAACAAGAAGCACUCCGCACCCUCGCUGAUGCCCUGAGUACGAGGGGCUAUACAUAUCGACAUCUUCAGCCUAAACUUAUGGCCAUCGAGUGUGGCGAGGUGAAAAUGCGCGCAUGGGCGGUCCGAGUCUGUGGUAGUGGGGGAGAUGGCGGUGGGGUGAUGGUAGAGUUCCGACGUUCACGUGGAUGUGGCCUGGCCUUCAAGCGGCGAUACAAGGAGCUUCGAGAAGCCCUACGUUCCAUCGCAAUACCACAGCCCGUUACUCCAUAUGAGGACUUGCUGGCACCAGUAACACCUAGAGAUUGUCGCAUGGAGACUGCCUAG